GUCAUUGAGCACGAUGACCAGCCAUGAUAUAUUAAAUGGUGGAAAAGGCUCAAGUUGUUAACUGGCCUAUUCUUGCUCUUCUGUGUUUGAACUGACUACUCUCACUGUCGCGAAUUGGUGAAAGUUCCAGAUAACUGCUCUGUUCUUGAUCAGUGUCACCACCUACUGCUGAAGAUUUUGUUCUACAAAUCCCUGCUUGAAACUUGUUAUCCUGGCAACAAUCCAACGGACAGUGACUAUGUGAUACAGAGGUGUGUGAUGUAACAUGUUUAAUUGCGCCAUCAUGCCAUAACAUUGUGUCAUGUUAAUGGCAAUGUUCUUUCUUGCAAAUUGUAAGGGUUGGUAUGACAUCCAGCAUUUGCUCAAAGACCUCCUCCGCCUCUUAUCACCUGUGAUCCGUCAAAUUCUGUGCCAGACCACCCAUUGUAGUCAGAUGGGCACCAGGAGUCAUGUCCACUAGUACUUGUUUCAGUUUCUGUUUCUUGGCAGAUCCUCCCUUUGCCAUUUUCUAGCACUGGAGCAGGCUUCCCCAACUGGAUACAACCAAUGGAUGUAACCCAUGAUUCAGUCUCCGGAAGCAAGAACUGAAAGUCGUCAAGACAUCCAACUGAAGACAUGACUGAAAAAACAAACAAUUUCCCCCCACUUCCAAAGUUUAUUCCUUUGAAACCUUGCUUCUAUCAAAAUUUUGAGGAAGAGAUCCCACCAGAUUACUGUCAUCUUGCCAAGCGAAUUUACCAUUUAUGGAUCUUUUACAGCAUUACCCUAGCAGUGAAUUUAAUAGGCUGCUUAGCUUGGCUGAUAGCAGGAGGUAAUGCUAUCAAUUUUGGCCUGGCAAUACUUUGGCUAGUUCUUUUCAGCCCCUGUUCAUACGUCUGCUGGCUUCGUCCAAUUUAUAAAGCAUUUAGAUCUGACAGCUCUUUUAACUUCAUGGCGUUUUUCUUCGUUUUUGCUGCCCAGGUUGUUUUGGCAGCUUUACAAGCAAUCGGAUUCAAAGGAUGGGGAGCCUGUGGAUGGAUAGCUGCCAUAAGUUUCUUCUCAGUUAAUGUUGGUGCUGGAGUGGUAAUGCUUUUCCCUGCAAUCAUGUUCACUGCAGUAGCGAUUCUUAGUGCACUUGUUAUUUUCCGUGUACACAGAAUUUACCGGAGUGGUGGUGGAAGCUUUCAGAAGGCCCAAGAAGAAUGGAGUGCUGGCACAUGGCAGAACCCACCACCAAAGCAAUUAGCAUUUCAAACUGUUACUGGUAAUACUCUACCCCAAUAUCCCACAGUGCCAAGAUACCCCUGUGGUGAUGAGUGGUCUUAGGGUAUGAACCUUAAAAAGUACUUUACAUAGCUUUUGUGAUACCGUUUUACAUUAAAUCUCAAAUUAACAUUUCUUAACAGAAAGUGUAAAUAUUUGGUAUUAUGCUACAUACUGAAAAUUUAAGCAUCUUUCAUUGGAACUUGCACUACAAAAGCCUCAAAAUCAUGAGUAGUGGCAUUGGAAAAUGCCUUUUUGCCAGUUUGUAUUAUGUAUACAUAAUUUUUUAUUCUGGGACUGAGAUUUGUAAUCAGGACUAUAUGCUGUCCAAUUGGAUUUCAAAAAGACAUCAGAUUGGAUGUGAAUACUCCCAAAAUUUGUUUGUGACUUUUAAAAGUUGAAGUAUAUUGUUCUACUUUUAAUUUUAUCAUGACCUAGAGUUAGACUGCUUCGCCUACUCUCCCCAGUAAAAUCUGACCAAAUUGUAGAGCUGUUGAGCUGGAGAAGUGAAAAUACAGCAGGUAUUCAGUGUCAUAAAAAUAAAAAAUGUUGGAAAUAUUGUGUUGGGCAGGACAUAUCUGAAGAGGAACAAUUAACAUUUCAGGUUGACGUUGUUUUGUCGUACAAAAGGUCAUCAACCUGAAAUACCAAGACUCUCCAUAGCUGCUGCCUGAUGAACCGAGUAUUUGCAGAAUUUUCUGUUUAUAUUUUGGAUUUCCAGCAAUGCAGUAUUUUGCGAUUGUAUAUAUGUUGAUGUCAUUUCCCAGAAAUCAACUGAAGGUAUUAAAGUUUUGUUUUUGAUCACAGUUAAUUUCUUCAAUUUUUUUUUUAAAAGAGAUUGUUUAUGGACCACAAAUCAUCUGUUUUGCUAUUUGCCCUCAAAAAGAGAUGCCAAAAUUGUUAUCACUAACUUCAAAUUGAUAGUAAUUUUGGCACUCUGCCUUAGGUUCCUGAAGAAGGGCUUAUGCCCAAAAUGUCGAUUCUCCUGCUCCUUUGCUGCCUGACCUGCUGCGCUUUUCCAGCAACACAUUUUUCAGCUUAGGUUCUGAAUCCUUUGCAACUUCUAUUGAAUCACUUCUAGCAUCUGAUGUUUUUUUUCUAUAAUGGAACUUCAUUUACAGAUUACCUUGCCAAUUAGUAAAGUCCCUGCUCAUUUAUUUUAAUACGUGCAAGUUCCAAAAACAUUACCGUCAUUGUUUUAAUACAAGUACACAAUUAUACAUGUAUAUAUUUGUUAAACAAAAAUAGUUUGAAUGUGCUUUUGCUCAGGACAGGUGCUGUGGGAGGCAACAUGCAGUUAGCCAAGAAUUUGAACCAUUUAUAAGAUGACUUAUGGAUGAACUUAAUUAUCUGUAAUGAACAUAAUUGCAAAUACUAGUUUAACAUGGGGGGAGGUGUUGUUAAUGGUAAGUAACAUUUAGUUACUACUCAACUUCUCAUAAAUCAAAACUAUUUUUGGAAAGUUAUUUGUGGAUAUUAACAAUAAUAAUAAUUAUUUGAAAAUUAUGAUACGAAGUGUGGGUAGCAGGGCGAGAGAGAAACUAUUACAAACAGUGGUUCCUUCAAUAUUGAAUCAAAUCAAUUAUGGAGCCAUUAUUUAGGUACAAGUCAUUGGUGUUACUGUUUGCAUAAGGUUUAAAACAACAUGCUGUUUAACAAUCCAUUAUACCCGUGAAGUUUACUUAGCAAUUUUUUUAAAAAAACUUAAUGUGAUAGUUACACUAUGAAUACUUUGGCCUUAAAAUAUGAUUUAAUGAAUAAUACCUGAAAUGCUGAAAAGCUGUUAGUGCAUUAACUAGAAUUUGAAACAAAUAGUUUUUGCCUGUGUUUGGAAAACUCACCACAAACAGCAAACAUACUAAAUGACAAGUGAUAUAGGUGAUUAACCAAUAUAAAACUGUAGACAUCUGAAAAACGUGAAAUAUUUACAUUAUUUGAUCUUGAUAUUGCUCAAUGUGAAAAUGUAUCCCAUAAUCCUGAACUGAAGUUGAAAGCUUAUAUCCAUCAGUCAACACCUAAGCCCAAUACAAACUGUUUUAUGUAAUGCUUGACCUUAGUUCUAUGUAGGCAACUUUUCUUGGCCUCAAAAGCAAAAAUAUUCCAGGAUAUUAUUCAACUUAGCAAUGCUGACUUGGUAAUGUGAUUUGAGAUUUGACUUUUACUCAUGAACUGUCAUGAAGUCAGUUAAACUUUGUGUGGACCAUAUAACUUCAUAAAUCGGAAACAAAUCCAAGUUUUCUCAUUCAAUUGUGAAAUAUCUUAAUCUUUAAAAUGUUUACUAUUUAUUAGAAAAUGUUAAAGAUAGUUUAAUACUUAUAUUUUCAAAAUUAACUAAAAGAGUUUCUGAAACUUGUUUGUACUCUUUUGGUUGAUUAAUUCAGUUGAGUUUACUUUGAGGGAAACGGAUUACCUUUGUAUAAUCAGUUGUCUUAAGGGUAUGUAAGUGGGCAUUAUGUGAAACUGGAUAGCAAAAGUAUCAGUAGUUCUGUGGCAUUGACACCAGUGCUGUUUCACUUGAAAAUCAUGCCUGCUGUUGACAUCAUGCAGUAAGGUCUUAUUUACCAAUUAAUUUACUUAAUCGCACUGAACGUAGUUAUAUAAUAGUAAAUGGGAGCUAAAAGAACAACAUCAUGGCAGCUACCAUUUCAAAGCUGCUUCUUUUGCAUAUCUUUCAAGAUCUGUUUCCUAUUUGCUUGCUUUGCAAUUAGAAAUUAGAAAACAAUUAAAGGACCAAAAAAAAUUAACUUUCUUUAAGUCUGUUGUAAGCCUUUUUAGAAGUGUACUUACCUCUCAUGUUAUUGUGCUGCAGAUGCCAGAGUAAGAUGUGUGCCUUUACAACAGUGUUUCUAAUUAGAAAUAUGUUGUAGUUUGAGAAGUUUUCAACACCAGGGAUAUUGUGGUCCAAGAAGAAAUUAGUUUUGCCUUGAACAUUUGGAAUUUUUGAUAGUGAAAUCCUUCCUAUAAAAUUGCAACUUCUUUGUAAUUAGUAUUGGAUCACUGAGAUUCUAAUUUCAAAUUAUUUUGAACAUUACAUAAACAUUUGCGUCAAUAUUUGUUUACAAUUUUAUUUCUUUUUGAAGGGAGAAAGUUUAGAAGAGGAAUAUUUUAAAAUAUAUGCUGAAUAACUUCCAUUCCAUUGUUCAAGGAUUGGGUUUAAAUAUAUAUUUGGUCAACACAAACAAAUGUGACUUUUUGGAUGCUUUAAUAAAUUACUAUAGAGACUUAUGCACUUAUGAACUUUAUUAAUGGUCUUAAACAGUUGGUUAUUUGCAGAAUUUUAGUUGAAAUGCAGGUAUGACAAUGACAAAUAUCUACAAUUUAUUCAUUAAGGAUGCAUCUGAAAAUUCAGUGGACGGAACAUGGACCUGUGGAUAAUCAAAAAUAUUCAGUUUAAAUAUUAGUUACUAUAAGUGUAUAAUAUCACAGGCUUGCUUUCAAUAUUUAUGUUCUUGCAUGAGCUUUAUUCAUAAAUUUCAUAGAAACUACAUUAAUUGAGAAUAAAAAGAGAAAUGUAUUUUGCUAAUUCCCAGAUAAGCCUAUAGGUUAAAAUUGGAAUUGGUUGUAUAAUUAUUAGCACCUGAAUUUAUAUUGUAUGUUUUAGCCUUUGAAAAUUACAUGCUAAAGUCAGUUGGUGAGCAGACAAGGACAUUUUAUGUAAAAUCUUCUCUGCAGUGAUGCUGAGUAGUAGGCGAAAAAGCUGCAGGCCGCGUGUUUUUUUUUCAUGGAGAAGAUUUAUCAUUCAAAUCCUACUUUGUCAAGGCUGUUUGGUUGAAAUCUUAAAAUACAGGAACCAAGGAAAAUUGAAGGUCAUCAACAUGUUUGCAGUCAUAUCUCUACAUUCUGGAUUGUGGACUAAAUCAGUUCAAUGUCCAGUUUAAUAAAGUUUAAUGUCUUUAAGCUGUGCAAAGCAUCCCUUUUUAGUUUGUUGAGGCAUCAUAAAAACUUAUUUUAUUGAUGCUGCAAGCAACAUGCACAUUCUUUUCAAAAUUUGCAUUAUUAAAAAAUAUAUGAAUACUGAAACAAAACUUAACUUUUUGCAUCAUGUAAUUUACACAAACGAACAGUUGUUUACAAACCUCUAAUUUGGAAUAAAACAUAUGUAUCCAGGUGCAAAUUUACCCAGCCUAAUUCUCAUGCAAUGGGUUUUUUAAAAAAAACCAAAAGCUAACCUAUGUAACUGAAUUGGGAGUGUAUCGAAUAGCCAUGACUUAAUUUUGGAAAUUGUAAUUGAUUUGAAGUAGGUCAUCAAGUAUGAGCAGAUGAGAGGAAGAGCAGUGAACUCAAUUUUUUUACUGAUUACUUAUUUCUAUUAGCAGCAUCACAGUACUACUUAAAUGUAAAAUAAAAACUUUGGUAUGCUAAUAUUGAAUCAGCAGUAUUUGCUUAGUUAAUGAGACCUAGCACUUGAACCUUUACAGUUUAACUCGCUUUUGUUUUGGUUGGAGCAAAAUAGGCUAUUGAUGCUCAAUAUUCAUAAUAAAGUGUAGUGUGAUAUGCAUUAAGCAGAUGCUUUUGGUUGAUGUAUUCUGCAAGUUAUUUAUCUUUAAUUUCAAUAAUACCUUCAAACUUAAGAUUUAAGUCAAUAACGGAUUUUUUUUGAUGUAGCAUUUGAAGUCCAAACAUUGUUUUCAAUUGUUUAAACAUACAUUUCUUUUUUGGUCUUUUUCCUUUAUACCUGAAGUAUUUUAAUCUGAAAGUAUUUUUCUAUGCACAGGGACAUAUUUUGUGAUCUGAAAUUCACUACUGUUUGUUGUGCCAAAAAAUUUCAACAUAUUUUUUAAAAAGUGAUUUAUUAAAAAGUCCACUAUCGUUUGCAAAUUACUUAAAAUUAGAACUGAAUUAUGAGAUAUUAACUGUUCAAUGUAAUGUGUACAAUAUCUAAGCACUGGAGGAAAAAGAGCUGAGUGACUUUUCUAUAGAGACUUGUUAUGCAAAGAUGUCUUGUUUCAUAUCCAGUGUUGCUUUGGAAAUACCUGUAGGUAUGUGUUUAUUAUUUACAUAUAGAGCUAUUUUUUAAUGCACAUCCAUAGCUGUGAAUACACAUUUUUCAACCAAAUGGAAGUGUGCUUAGGGGUAACUUUAGCUUUUAGUUCAUUACUCCCUGGUCUUUGUACAGCACUCUUCAACUAGUGUAUUAUGACCAUGGUGCUGCUUUACACCCUUCUGAAUCAUGUAAGCCAGGACACUUUCAGAACUUCUUUGUAAUUCCUAAAAAUCCUAUUAAUAUAUUUUGGCAAGCCAAACAAUAGGAUUCCCAGUUUGAUGAGAAUAACUCAGUGUGGUGCUGAAAAAGCACAAGUUUUCACAACGUAAUCACUUGUGUAUAAAAUGCAGGUUUAUUUGAAGUUAAUAUGUAAAUGAAACAUAAGUGCUUUUUCAUUCUCAACUAAUCUAGUCAUUCUUUGAUUUAUACUUUUAUUCACUUGUCUGAGUUUGUUUUAAAUAAAUACUUUUAAAGAUUUAAAAUCAAAUUACUUUUUAAAGCAAAUACUGGCUUUAAUUCACAAUUUUUAAAACCCUAAUUCUAAUAAAUGCGACCUUCCUCCAGUGUUUAACUUUCAUGCCAAAUAAUUGCAUAAUUUAGUCUACAUGUUCGAAAUUGGAUAUUUAGAAAGGGACUUUGUUAAAUCUACAAAGCAUGAAAAAUAAAUUUAAAUAAAAUGUUGCAUUGGCUUUUUGAAGGUUUAUUAAUAAUCCCAUAAGAGUAUUCAUCAUUUCAAAAUAUUUAAUUGAUCAGUCCCCUUUAAGGCCACAUAUGUUUAAACCUGCUUCUGUAUUUGCAACUUUUAAUAAAUAUUUUGUGCAAAACAAAAUGUAAAGACA